GGUAUAAAAGCGGAGGCAUCGGGGGGGUUUGGAGCGCAGAGCGGUUGGGUCGUUGGUCGGGGAGUCGUGUGCCCCUCGUCCGGGAACUGCGGCUCUCCCUGGGGCAGCGGUAGCGGCGCGGCUGUCGGAGAAGCGGCCGGAGACCUCGGCUUUUGGUGAGCGAUGGCCCGAACCAAGCAGACGGCGCGGAAGUCGACGGGGGGGAAGGCGCCCCGCAAACAGCUGGCCACCAAGGCGGCGCGGAAAAGCGCCCCCUCUACCGGCGGGGUGAAGAAGCCCCAUCGCUACAGGCCCGGCACCGUGGCGCUGCGCGAGAUCCGCCGCUACCAGAAGUCCACCGAGCUGUUGAUCCGCAAGCUGCCGUUCCAGCGGCUGGUGCGGGAGAUCGCGCAGGACUUCAAGACCGACCUGAGGUUCCAGAGCGCCGCCAUCGGGGCGCUUCAGGAGGCGAGCGAAGCGUACCUGGUGGGGCUGUUCGAGGACACCAACCUGUGCGCCAUCCACGCCAAGCGCGUCACCAUCAUGCCCAAGGACAUCCAGCUGGCCCGCCGGAUACGGGGGGAGAGGGCUUAGAGCGAGGGCGGUUUUUACGGUGUUUUGUAGUAAAUCCUGUAAAAUACUUUGGUUUAAUUUGUGACUUUUUUUGUAAGAAAUUGUUUAUAAUAUGUUGCAUUUGUACUUAAGUCAUUCCAUCUUUCACUCAGGAUGAAUGCGAAAAGUGACUGUUCACAGGCCUCGGUGAUGUGAGCGCUGUUGCUCAGGAGUGACAAGUUGCUAAUAUGCAGAAGGGAUGGGAUGGGUGAUACUUCUUGCUUCUCAUGAUGCAUGUUUCUGUAUGUUAAUGACUUGUUGGGUAGCUAUUAAGGUACUAGAGUUGAUAAAUGUGUACAGGGUCCUUUUGCAAUAAAACUGGUUAUGACUUGA